CAGAGUAAUCAGCCCUCAAUGUCAUUUCCUGUCGAACAGUCUGGAUCUGAGCGCGCGUCUGCUGCUGCUGCUGCGCGAGAGUCCUGAGCGACCGCGCGCGAGCUUUCAUCAUUUCUGGAAAUUAGGAGGAUUUGAGAGGAAAAAACUUUUCAUAGCCGUUUACAUCUGAUUAUUUCUUGUUUUCCUUUAGAGUGGUGAGAAAUAACAGGCUCUUUUUUUCUACUUUACGAUGUUUUCUGUCAAGUUUUUUUGACUCUGAGAGAGUUUGAAGACGAAGAUAAAUCAACGCUGGAGUUAAAUGGCGAGAUAAAUGAACAAAUGAGGAUCAGCGAGUGUCAAAAUUCAUGUAAAUAAAUAAACAACUCCAAUACUUGAAAUGAGAGAUACAUGAAGAGAAAGAAAAGACUUCCCCCCGCUAAACGGGACACUUGAAAGUUUGUUUUGCGCGAGUCCUAAAAGAUGCAACAUUGAAACAACACUGGUAUCGCGUGACCGUUACGGGGUAAUUUCUAGUCACCUGGCUCCAGAACAGAUGUCCAAGGAGGACCACAGCCCCAGUGCCAGCAUAACCGAACCUCCAGAUGGAGCCCAACUGGACAGCCGGCCCCUGGAAACUCUCACCGUGCCAUGUCCAGGGAAUGAAACCGGUGAGCAGAAAGCACAAAAUUCAAACACCCCACCCAUGGAAAAGACAGGAGACGUGGAGAAUGGCAACAACAACAACAGCUUGUCCCAACUGGACCUCACUAGCACUCCUGGCAAAAGUAUAACAUAUCAACCUCAGGCACGAUCUAUGCCCAUACACCCCACGCUAUCUAACUCGACUGAAACAGCGGCGCUGCUGAGGAGAGACAGCAAGCCGCACAGCAAUGGGGUUAGAAACGGAACCUUUUCACGAGCCACCUCGUCAUCCUCCUCAUCUUCAUCCACAGCCCAUAAAAACCCCAAGAAACUGCAGUCGAACCCAUCCAUCAACAGUCAGAGCAGCAAGAGGAGCAAAGGUAGCUCCAAAUCCAACAGCUCCCAGAUCCCCACAGAGGCCCAGGAUGAUUGCUGUGUCCACUGCAUCCUGGCCUGUCUGUUCUGCGAGUUCCUCACACUGUGUAACAUCGUGCUGGACUGCGCCACAUGUGGCUCCUGCGCAUCAGACGACUCGUGCUUCUGCUGCUGCUGCGCUUCAGAGGAAUGUGGCGACUGUGACCUGCCUUGUGACAUGGACUGUGGCAUCAUUGACGCGUGCUGCGAGUCUGCAGACUGUCUGGAGAUCUGCAUGGAGUGUUGUGGGCUGUGCUUUUCCUCCUGAGACUCCGAUAGGGGGCGCUGCCUCUUUCACUGAUUUGGGACUUGGGAAGAAACAAGCAAAGAAUGACAUCCGAUGUUCUGGAGUGGGUGCAAACCUAGUUGGAGUUGUGAGUUACAGUCUAGUAGCUUCCUUUUGAACUGUCUUGCUAGGAAAAGGGUUAGGGCGUCAUACACUAGUGGUGAUAUUCUGCAAUAGUCUUUAUACAUAUGAACUCUUUCGGGACUGGUUUCUGCUUAAAAUGUUUCAUUGAGUCUACAUUGGCAUGAUGCUGAAUACAAAAACAUCCAAAAGACUUAUGAGGCCACUGAGAAAAGCCAAAAAAUGGUUUGUAAAUGUCAGUGUUUGUUAGUUAUUUGAAAUCGUCUUAGUGCCAAACUUUUGAUAAAUGCACAAUCCACAGCCAUCCAGUGGUUUAAGAAUUCCACAAUAAUGCACACCGUAAAAGAGCUUGAAUUGCAGCUCAGAUCUGUUGUCGAAAAACAAUACAGUAUCCUAAAAGGAAGAUUUAUCCAAAGAUCACAUACACAAUCAACACUAGCGCUAUUUUGUAACAUUGUUCCCAAAUAUCACCUCUCGGUACGCACACUUACUGUAGAACACUGGUGUAGUCCUUUGAAGAUUACAAAAGCCAUAAACUGUGAGUGUGAAACUCAUAGAUGUAUGCGAGUGGGAGAAAGACGUCUAUUUAAUAUAUGGUGCCAUACUACAGUUGUAUCUUAGAUUGUAUAUAAACGUGAAAAGAAUCAUGUCAGUCUCUACAUUUGGUCAUGUGAUGUUCUUAUUCUCACUCUUUCUAUCAUUUUUACUUCAUCAAUCAAUUUUCUUACAUACUGGAAUAUUAUACUGUAAGCGGUUGUGAAUUGCUUCCGUAAUUUUUUUCCAAUGUGAAAUAUCUGUCUUGUAAUUCCAAAACUUUCCAUUUAAAUCAGUUGUUUGAAUCUAAAUGUUAAAUUUAUGUAUCUACCUAUUGUUUUUUUUUUUUUUUUUUUUUGAUGUAGUAAAUGCCUAGUGUUAGCAGUAUUAUUUUAUCCUUUCAAAAAAACAGGUUUCCUUACUGUCUAAAUUUAGAGCAGCGCAUAUGUAGUCUUGAGUAUCAACAGCCCAUAAUAUAAAUCAUAACCUGUACAUAAUGAUCUCACAGAAUGAUGGCGAAAGCAGUGCGUUGAUUUGAAUUGUUUACAUUUUAAGGACAAAUCUCUAUUCUUGCUUGCAAUAAAACUGGAGUAGACAGGAUACUUUUGUAACUGGACAAUAUUGUACAGUAAUGGAAUAAAAUAACAGGAUAAAAGAAAUAUAUCACUGUUAUACGUGGUGGUGGUUUUUUUUUUUUUUGUAUUUUUUUUUAUAGCAAGGAAUCCAAUUGUCUGGCAUCAGAGGUCAACCUCCAAAAUGUAUCAAAGGCAAUGGUUCACAUAAUUUAAAUUUAGUUUAAACUUAUUUUUAAUAAUAAUUAAAAUGCUAAAUAAAUAAAUAAAGAUGUACAACAUUAAACUGA